UUAUCAUUCCGUAAAGUGAUUAAUGCGAUAAAUACAUAAGUUGAAUCUUAAAUAAUUUAACUGAUUGAAUAGUGACUAUAACUAUCGGUGAAUCCUUCUAAUCACACUUGAACCAGGUGUAAGCAAUAUAUAUUAAAGGGUGUGUAUUUCAAAAUGUUCGGUAACGAGCAUUUGGAUGAUCCCAGAAGUGCUAAAGACGAAUCGGACGUGCAAACAGAUUUAUCAAAAGAGAAAUCGCCUUUUGUGUCGAUUUUCACCAUUGAAAGCAUACUCGGGAUCAAUUCGCAAAUGUCGAAAAAUUCCAUCAACGAUAAAGUGCUAUCAUCGCUGGAUACCAGACAAAUGCCCCAGGUGUUGGCUCCGGAUAGCAUAAAAAAUAGUCCAACCAACUAUUUUCACUAUUCUGGAAUCAACCCCCUGCACCAACCAGCCUCCGCCGAUAUACCCCUGCUGACAACCAAUCUAUUAGGAAUCACAUAUCCAUCAUCGUGUCACAGCUAUAUGCAGCAUGAUUUAUUCUCUGCGCAGCUACAUUCGCCAGUAGGGCUGGUGUCUUGCGAUGGCAGCUUCCGUCCGCGGUAUCCCUUUCUCAACGCUGAUACCCAUAUUAAGCGGAAAAGACGGCAUCGCACCAUUUUCACCGAGGAGCAACUUGAGCAACUGGAGGCAACCUUCGACAAGACACACUAUCCAGAUGUGCUGCUGCGAGAAAAACUGGCCGUGAAAGUGGAUCUGAAGGAAGAACGCGUUGAGGUUUGGUUCAAGAACCGACGGGCCAAGUGGCGAAAACAAAAACGAGAAGAGCAGGAACAGUACUCAAACUUCGACAUCAAUAACAAAAUUCGCAAAUUCAUCAACAUUCCGGUAAACACACAGGAAAAACUUCGUCAGUUGCAGUCCGAAAUGCUAUCGAAGGAUAAAAUAGUUAGCAAGUUCGAAGACAUAAGUACCAGUGAUGAUGCCUCCGAUGUGGAAGUCGUAUGAUGAGAAGAUGGUAUUUGGACAGCAUCCACGGCAAUGGUGACAACGGUCAAUGUCGAUGGAAAUGAGGUGUAUGGUUUUCCAAUAUCAUACAGUCGAGCAUAUUGUACAUAACUUUCGCAUAGCUUAAAUAGUCUUGUCGUCUGUGUUACUGUGUGAUAAACAUCGCUUCUAUCAUACGAACGGUGAAUUAAUAUGACAUACUUGAUGAAGCCUACGAAGUGACUGUAUUUCACAAUUUAUGAUUCUUUAUCGUCACUAAAUCUACUUUGCUUUUAAUGAUGCUGCAUAACUGAGUAUUCAGAGAACAUAAAUUUGACAUGUUGACUGCUACCGUAAUAUCAUCUGCAUAAGUAUUUUAUACCUUUCAGCAGUCAAGCAAUAAUCAUAAUUGUAAAUAAUUCAUCAACCAGACAUUCCACUAAAAGCUCCAAAUAAUUUUCUUAUCAGUUUAAUAUAUUUGACUUUAUUGAGUGUACCGUUUCUAGUGGUAUUAUAGACAAGUUUAUGUUAUUUAAUUCAUAAAAAACUAAAUGGAAAAACUUUUUUUUUUUUAAUACAUACAAUCUAAAUACAUGUGCAUGGCUGAAAGUCUGUCUUCAAAUACGAAUUUUCCGUCGAAAUUCAGAAGAUUUUUCCGUGAAUAAUCAGAAGGACAUUUUCCGUGAGAACUUUGCGAGAAAAUUCAUAUAGGGUAACUGUACCAGUUUUGACCAUGUUCCUAAUUUGGCCAAUUCUCGCUUAACUUUUCAAAAGGACCUAAG